GACACCUCAUUCACAGGCUGACUCGGCGUGGAACGUGGUUCCUUGCCGUCGCCAUUAGGGGACUUGGUUCGCUUACUGCGGACACGAUUUACCGGGGUCAGGAGAAACCGAAGCUCGCACCUUACACGUCACUUGAUUUACUACCGGCCCGAUUUUGCCCUUGAUACCUCCUGCAGUGCUUUGACCCUUCCGAACCUUGACCAGUCCUGUGUCUGUUCAUGUCCUGGCAAUCUCCAUCAGCCAUGGCUGGGAUCGGAGGAAUGCCCGGCGGCAUGGAUGGUUCGAAUGGUCCACAGGGCACGGAAUACACAUUACAGGGUGUAAUGCGCUUCCUACAGACAGAAUGGCACCGACACGAGCGCGACCGCAAUGCAUGGGAGAUUGAACGGGCAGAGAUGAAGUCUCGCAUUGGUCGAUUGGAAGGUGAUCUGCGCACAAGCAAACGCUUGCAUGAGUCCCUUGGGAAGCAUGUUCGGCUGAUGGAGACCGCCCUGAAGAGGGAGAGGGAGAAGGUCAAGAAGCUUUCGAACAACGAAAAGUCUGAAGACUCUAAGGAUCCCAAAGAUGCUGCACGUGAAAGUGUCAACUUUCUGAAAGCGCAACGGCCCAAGCCGAGCACAGACCAUGAGAAUGAUGAGGAACCCGACAACGAAAACCAGCACGAGGGUCAAAUUGAGGAUAUAGACAAAGUCCGAGGAUACCUGUCCAAAGCUUCCCACGAAAUCGCGUACCACGUUAUACCCGCCUCCCACCCGCCACCUGACUUGAACGACUCCGACAUGUCAGCCCAGCUUUAUGGCAAUCCACAGCUGUCGCAACAGAACCUGGAGGAGGCUUAUCUUCAACAGCAACGGCAGAAGGCGAAUCAUGUUAUGGCACGUGAAUUGGCCUUACAAAACCACCAGCCGAUGUCCAAUCACUACUCCGACAAUGCCAUGGCUCGUGCUCAAAACCAGUAUCUUUCUCGGGAUUCCAUGGAUCGACGGUCAAUGGACCAGCAGCAAGCUCCCGUCGCAGCAAUUGAAAAUCGAACCCAAGCAUACGAACAGGGCACAGUGGAUGAUCGUCCAAACCGGGCAUACGAAGCCCAGGGCCCCCGAGUGGUCGUCAAGGAAGAUGUGAAUCUGCAAAACUUGACCGAGGAAAGAACAGAGGAUGUAGACGGGUGGAAUUUUGACGAGCCGACGGAGCAGGAACUCGUGGUCACCGAACCCGUCCCACCUCAUCGCCCAGAUACGGAUGCUUUCCCAAAUGCCAACUUUACGCGCUCCGAAUCGACCAAGGGGGGGUCUCUCUCCCAUGGAAGGAAUAACUCGGGAUCAAGGCGUAAGAGCGAAGGUGCAAUUGAAGCCCGGGCAGCGGGUGCGACACUAGCACAUAAGCAAGAUUCCCUCUUCAGAGUCCAGUUUUCGCUUCGUGGCCACUUGGAUGUGAUUCGAUCUGUCACCUUCACCGGUGAUGAUAGCCCAGACGAGCCCGAGAUCUGCACUUGCAGCGACGAUGGAACGAUCAAGCGAUGGAGCAUCCCAGGUACUUCUGGUGGCCCGAGAGCUGGUUCUAGCCAUGGCUCGGACGUCACGAGCAAAUUUACUCAUCGCGGACAUGAAGGUGCUGUGACUUCUCUUGCCGCCUGCUCAUCGUCUCAGAACAUCACCCUUGGGGGUAAUGGGUUGGUAUUUUCAGGUGGCCAAGAUGCCAGCGUGCGUUUAUGGGAACGUAACCGGAUUGAUCCUAAGGCCACCUUCCACGAGCAUAAAGAUGCAGUCUGGGGACUUUGCGUUCUUCCGGGGACCACGGGCUCUGUCAUUGGCGACUCAAGCGGCCAGUAUGGUGGAUCGGAUCGAAUCCUUCUGGCCUCCGGCGCAGCAGAUGGCUAUGUCUUUAUUUGGGCUAUCAGUGCCGCUCCUCAAACUCCUUCACCCCCCACUGGGAAUCGCCGUCAGCGGGCGAACUCAAACUCAAUGCCCUCCGGUUCCAACUACCCAACCUUGCCUCAAACCAGCGCCGUUCCACCUCCAGCUUUCCACUACACCAUUCUUCAUCGCAUUUAUCGUCCCAAUUUUCCUUCUCCAACAUGCAUUAGCCCCCUGUCUCUUGCGGGCGUCAACUUUGUCGUCUCAUAUUCGGAUGCCUCUAUCAUUGUCUACGACACGCGGACCGGCGAAGAAAUUGCGGGGAUGGCUAGUCUCGAGACAUAUGAUGGCACACCAGCUACUGGGGUGAACUCAGUCGUCGCUACGACUGUCGGCUUUGAUGGAACAGUUAAUCUUGAUCCUAACCGCGCGAUGGCCGAAGAAGAAGUGGUCCACGGAGCUACUGGAUCAAGCAGCGUAGAGGGUGUAAUCAUCAGUGGCUACGAGGACCGAUACAUCCGCUUCUUUGAUGCCAAUAGUGGUCAAUGUACAUACACAAUGCUUGCUCAUCCUGCUGCGAUAGCCUCACUGUCAUUAUCUCCGGAUGGACGUGAGCUCGUUUCGGCUGGCCAUGAUGCAAGCUUGCGAUUCUGGAAUCUUGAAAAGCGCAGCUGUACUCAGGAGCUGACAGGCUACCGGCUGAUGCGUGGCGAAGGAGUCUGUGCCGUGGUAUGGAGCAGUGAUGGCCAUUGGGUCGCUGGCGGUGGUGGAGACGGCGUGGUCAAGGUCUGCUCCCGAUGAUUGAAACGACGGAAUGAAAACCCGUGUAUGAUUCUUAUUGCGUUAUACCUGUGUGUGUGUCUCUUCGCGUCUGCUCGUCGUUUUCUGUAUGAUCCCAUGAACUGGAUGAGCGAUUGGCCGGACCAGUUCUUUCGAGCAUCUGCAACCGUGUUCACCGACGCUGUGUGGCCGAUGAUACUCUCCUACGU